CUGGCAGAGCGAUAGCCGUGUCAGCAUUAGCAGUACGGGUCGAAGCCAAACGAGUAGUACAGUUUUGACGUCUCUUCGCUUACUCUUUCUCAAACAUGGAAAAUUUGUGAAUCAGUUUUGUUCGAGUGAUUUUUAUCCGAAUAUUGCACAUUUUGAUUGGAAUUUUCGGCAAUCGGAGCGUGAAAAAGUGUUUCGUAUUGGAUUUUGUUAGUGAAUGGUUUGGACAAUGGUUUUACACGUAAUAAAUUAAUGAUGAAACGGAUGGGGUUCCUGUUCAUCGAUUUUCCUGGAUGUGAAUAAAUUUCUUACAAUUAUAAUGGUGAAGCGUUCGUUUCUAUCGAAAACUGAGGAAAAAGUACGUGAAAACGAUGGUUUUGUACCAACAAGGAUUGCAAACGGAGAUUUCUGCUUUAAAACGGGACAUUAAUCGGGUGAAAAUAUAAUCAACAAAAGUUGUCGCAGUGAAUAUUAAGCAAAACAUAAACUCAUUGACAUUCAACUGUGAGUGACACGGAGCGUAAAAAGCUACAGACAAAGUUUCAAAACCGCAAACUAACGAAGGGGGUCGACAGUUUUCGGUAAAAGUUUUCAAACAGAAACUCAAAUAAGAAAAAAACAAAACUCCGUUUUCCCAGUGUCAAGUGCAAUGCAUGAACGCUAAAGCACGAGUGAUUUUGACAAGUGACAAGUGAAAUUUCUCCACAGUUGACAGCAGAGAGACUGCAGAACACUAAAACCAGAAUUGAUUGCGGCUGGAUGACAGAUGUGCAAUUGGAAAUGAUGGUAAUCUAAUCAGAUCCUUUCGCAACUUUCGCCAACAGCGUUCUCAAAAACACUUUCCAAGCUGUUAGUCAGAUACGACCAUCGAAUGAUCUCCAAGAAAUACGCGCAAAUCGUACUCUGAACAUCAACCAGAAGACAAGGCUUCAAAUCAUCUCUUCAUAAUGACAUCCGUCAAAGACACCGCCUCGUUCUUCGUGAACGGCAGCUCGAACCAGUUCGACUUUGUCCUAGCUCUGUACCCGCAGGUCCUCAAACUUAAAGCACAAAACAAAUGCAAAAAGCCAGAUGAACUCAUCCGGUUAGACGACUGGUACCAGAACAAACUACCACAAUUGAUCAAAAAACGUGGCAAAGAGCGUUUCCUGGUGCACGAGGAGCUAGUCCAGACGAUGAAGUGGAAGCAAACACGUGGUAAGUUCUUCCCUCAGCUGUCCUACCUGAUCAAAGUGAACACUCCACGAGCCGUGCAGGCGGAAACCAAGAAAGCAUUCAAAAAACUGCCCAACCUAGAGCAAGCAAUUACGGCUCUGUCGAAUCUUAAAGGUGUCGGAACGACAAUGGCGUCGGCCCUCCUAGCGGCAGCUGCUCCAGAAACUGCCCCGUUCAUGGCAGACGAGUGCCUCAUGGCCAUUCCGGAAAUCGAAGGCAUUGACUACACGACCCGCGAGUACAUGAACUUCGUUCAGCAUAUCCAAGCCACGACGGAUCGACUGAACGAAGAAGUGCACGGUCCGGUCAGUAGUUCCAAGAACGCCGAAGGUAGCAACGACGAGGACAGUGGUGACGUGCCCAAAGUUGAGAAGAAAUGGUCCCCGCACAACGUCGAACUCGCCCUCUGGACGCAUUACGUCGCACGGGAACUGCAACCGGAGUUACUAGACGACAUGCCUGCCGCUACAGAGGGAAGUAAAAACAGCUACUCCCGGAAUCCAACGACUGCCACCGCACCGAAGACCGCAGCUCCCACGAAUGGCGCCUCGUUACCGUCGUCAGGGAACAACACAACCUUAGAGGAACCGUCCGAUGAGAGUAAUCUGGACACCGAACUAGGAAAGGCCACCUCAGACGAGUCCUCCAAAGACAACAACAAAUUUACCGACAGCUUGGACGAAUGCACCAAGUCCGAGGACAGUUUGGAGAAGCCCAGCACUACGACGGCCAGCAUUCGGAACAACAAUAGCGAAGAGGCAAACGAUAGCGAUUCUCAGAGUAGUGGAAAGCGGUCAUCGACGGGGGAAGAAGAAGACGAAGAAGACGAGGAGGAAGAUGAGGAGGAUGGAGAAAGUUCGGGCGAUGGAGUUUCCAACGCGAAGAAAACCAAGUUUGAGUAGGCGGACGGUUGGCGAAGAGUAGGAGCAGGAAAACUUUUCUAAUUACAAUUAAACCAGAAGACGAUGACGAAGGCGGCCAGGAUGCCGACCACGACACGAACGGCAAGAGAAAGAAUCACAAA